AUGCAGUAACUCACCCUUCACUUACAGAGAGAAUCAUCUACAUUGUCUCAAAUCUCCUUCCUUGUUAACACAAAAAUGGGUUACUCCAAGACCUUUCUUCUCUUUGGCCUUGUCUUUGCUGUUGUGCUUCUUAUCUCCUCCCAUGUCUCAGCUCGUGAGCUAGAGGAAAAUGUCAAAACUGAUCACGGAUAUGGCCAUGGCGAAGGAUAUGGCCUUGAUGGCGGAUAUGGUCACGGUGGACAUGGUGGACAUGGUGGUCAUGGUGGUCAUGGUGGACAUGGUGGUCACCAUCCCCCAGGACACGGUGGUGCUAGCGAGACAGAAACCGAAAUUGAAACCAACAAAAAUUAGACAAAUCCGUGUGUAUGCAUGGGUGCAAGCAUGUCUAAGAAAUAAAGUAUCUUAUCUAAGCUUGUAAUGCCAAUAAGGAUGCACUGGUUGUGUAUAAGCUUAAUUAUAAGCUUUAUCUUUGUACCUUUUAAUUAUGUAUUAAUUACAAUUAAUGUGCUUCAA